GAGCUCGGGACGGAGGGGAGCGCGCGUGCAGCUUCUCUCCGCCGGAGCCGCCGGGCAGAAGCAGAAGCCGUGGCUGCCAGCCGGUCCCCGCGUACUGGCAGUGGGCGGGGAGCGGAACGCAGAAGCCAGGCGCGCGCGCCAGACAAGUGUUUUUGUGCGAGGCCGCGGCUGCUUUCGAGCUCUGAACGCACGGUGCUGGGGAUGCGAACGACCGCGGCGGCUGUGCCACGAGAACCCAAACGCCAUUGACCUGAGCGAGGGGAGAAACUCCCUCGGGUGUGCCCAGGGGAGGGGGGGGGGACGGCGGGAGCGCGGGGCGCACGCCGGGCGGGGCAGGGGGUCAGUGAUGACCGGGCGCGCGGGGAGGCUGCACGCCGCCGCCACCGCCGCCCGGAGCAUCUGCCGCCUGAGCUGCGGAUCGCGGCCGCCGCCCGGGCCAUGGAGACACUGAACGGCCCCGCGGGCGGCGGCGCCCCGGACACCAAGCCGCAGCCAGCCGGCCAGCAUCACCGCCACCACCACCUGCACCCGCUGGCCGAGAGGAGGCGGCUGCACCGCGCACCCUCGCCCGCCAGACCUUUCCUCAAGGAUCUGCACACGCGGCCCGCCACGGCCACCACCUCCUCUGCGGGCCGUGCCCCGACUCCCGCCGCUCCACGCUCGCCCAGCCUCGCUGGGAAGGCGCCGCCGUCGCCCGGGCCCCCGGCGGCACCCGGCCGCCUCUCCCGACGCAGCGGCGUAGUCCCCGGCGCGAAGGACAAGCCGCCGCCGGGCUCCGGAGCCAGGUCGGCGGGUGGCGCCAAGGCCGCCCCGGGAACAAGGAGGGCGGCGCGCUCGGGGCCGGCGGAACCACUGCCCCGGGUCGGGAGGCCAGCUGGGGCUGAGCCGCCGCCUGCCAGCGCGAAGGGCCGCAAAGCCAAGCGCAGCCCCGGGACGCCUCCAGCUCGCGCCGUCGGGCCCCCGGCUCCAGCCGCCCGGGUCCCCGCCGUGACCCUCUCAGUGACCUCGGUGGCCGGCUCGCGUAUCAGCCACACAGACAGCAGCUCGGAUCUCUCCGACUGCGCCUCCGAACCCUUGUCUGAUGAGCAGCGCCUGCUCCCAGCCGCCAGCAGCGACGCCGAGUCGGGCACCGGCUCCAGUGACCGGGAACCCCUGCGCGGAGCACCCACCCAGAGCUCUGGAGCCCGCGGGCCGCCGCCGGGCAGCCCCGAGCCCCCCGCCCUGCUCACGGCGCCCCCUGUCGCUGGUGCCAGUUUCGGGGGCCGAAGCAGUCCAGGCGGGGCCCCCUCAGGGUCCCCGGGACCCGGUUCGCUGGAAGAUGUUGGGGGCCGAACGCUACCGGAGCGAACGAUUCUCGGGACCCCCAGGGAGCCUAGCUUGGGCGAACAGCCCCGGCUCCUAGUGGUGGCCGAGGAGGAAGAGCUGCUGAGGGAGAUGGAGGAACUACGUUCGGAAAAUGACUACCUCAAGGAUGAACUAGAUGAACUCCGUGCAGAGAUGGAGGAGAUGAGAGACAGCUAUCUAGAAGAGGACGGUUACCAGCUGCAGGAGCUCCGGAGAGAGCUGGACCGCGCCAACAAGAACUGCAGGAUUCUGCAGUACCGACUCAGGAAGGCUGAGCAGAAAAGCCUGAAAGUGGCAGAAACAGGGCAGGUGGACGGGGAGCUCAUCAAAAGCCUGGAGCAGGAUCUGAAGGUAGCCAAAGAUGUGUCCGUCAGAUUGCACCACGAGCUGGAGACUGUGGAGGAGAAGCGUGCUAAAGCUGAGGACGACAAUGAAACUCUGCGGCAGCAGAUGAUCGAGGUGGAGAUAUCCCGACAGGCCCUCCAGAACGAGCUGGAGCGAUUCAAAGAGAGUUCCCUGAAGAGAAGAGGCAGCCGGGAAAUGUACAAAGAGAAGAAAGCCGCUAGUCAGGAUGACAGCGCGGAUCUGAAAUGCCAGCUUCAGUUUGCCAAAGAGGAAGCCUCCCUCAUGCGCAAGAAGAUGGCCAAGCUAGGCCGGGAAAAGGACGAGUUGGAGCAGGAACUGCAGAAGUACAAGUCCCUCUACGGUGACGUGGACAGCCCCCUCCCCACAGGGGAGGCAGGUGGGCCCCCCAGUACCCGGGAAGCAGAGCUGAAGCUGCGGCUGAAGCUGGUGGAGGAGGAAGCCAACAUCUUGGGCCGGAAGAUCGUGGAACUGGAGGUGGAAAACCGUGGCCUCAAAGCAGAGAUGGAGGACAUGCGGGUUCAGCACGAGCGGGAGGGGACAGGCAGGGACCACAUGCCAAGCAUUCCUACCUCACCCUUCGGGGACUCGCCGGAGUCCUCCACGGAGCUCCGCAGGCACCUGCAGUUUGUGGAGGAAGAAGCCGAGCUGCUGAGGAGGUCCAUAUCCGAGAUCGAGGACCACAAUCGGCAGCUGACCCACGAGCUGAGCAAGCUCAAGUUUGAGCCUCACCAGGAGUCAUCAGGGUGGCUCGGGGAUGGUGUAGCUAAGGGUCCCGGGUCGAGCGUUCCCCUGCAGGAGGAGCUGAAGUCAGCCAGGCUGCAGAUCGAUGAGCUGAGCGGGAAGGUGCUGAAGCUGCAGUUUGAGAACCGGCUGCUGCUGUCCAACGUCCAGCGGUGCGACCUCGCUGCACACCUGGGGCUGCGUGCACCGAGUCCUCGAGACAGUGACGCGGAUAGCGAUGCCGGCAAGAAGGAGAGUGAUGGGGAGGAGUGCCGCUUGCCGCAGCCAAAGCGAGAAGGCCCCGUCGGUGGCGAGAGUGACUCAGAGGACAUCUGUGAGAAGACCUCAGGGUUUGGGAGUGGGAAGCCUUCAGAGGCGAGUGAGCCGUGCCCAGCAGAACUCUUCAGAGUCCGGGAGGACACCGAGUGCCUGGUGACCAUAAAGCAGGAGGCCCAGCGGCUUGAGCGGACAGUGGAGCGCCUCAUCGCCGACACAGACAAUUUCAUCCAUGAUUCAGGCCCACGGGGCAGGGGAUUGGCCUCACCUGGGGUCCAAGGUGAAGGUGAGGGCAGCCAGAACGAGCCCCACUUGUUGGAGACCAUCAACAUGAAGAUGAAGGCUUUCAGGAAGGAGCUGCAAGCCUUCCUGGAACAGAUGACCCGGAUGGUGGACGGUCUGUCGCCCUUAUCCCACCUCACAGAGUCAUCCAGCUUCCUCUCCACCGUGACUUCUGUGUCCCGGGACUCCCCCAUCGGGACCCUGGGGAAGGAGCUGGGCCCAGACUUGCAGUCCAAAUUGAGAGACCAACUGGAGUGGCAGCUCAGUCAGGAUCCAGGGGACGAGAGAGAGGGCCUGCGCCUCCGAGCCACUCGGGAACUGCACCGGCGUGCUGAUGGGGAUCCCGGGAGCCUUGGGCUGGGAGGACAGAGCUGUCUCGGCCUAGAGCUCAGGGGCUCCCCCGUUUUACCCGAGCAGAGUGUGUCGCUAGAAGAGCUACAGGGUCAGCUCGCCCAGGCGGCCAGACUGCAUCAAGAGGAGACAGAGACAUACACAAACAAGAUCCGUAAGAUGGAGGAGGACCACCUCUACGCCUUGCGGUGGAAAGAGCUGGAGAUGCACAGCCUGGCCCUGCAGAACACCCUUCACAAGCGAACCUGGAGCGACGAGAAGAAUCGGCUGCAGCAAGAGCUCCGGUCCUUGAAGCAGAACAUUUUCCUUUUCUAUGUCAAGCUCAGGUGGCUGCUGAAACACUGGCGCCAAGGGAAGCAGAUGGAGGAAGGAGGAGAGGAUUUCGCGGAGAGCGAACAUCCAGAGAAUGUGCCUGGGUUUGCUGAGCUCAGUGUCCAGGGCGGUCACCAGACAGAUGGAGCAGACCAAGACGAUGCUGAGCGAGGCUGCGGCCUUCCCGUGGGAGAGCAUGCUCCACGCUCUCCAGUACAGAUCAGUGAACACGGAUCACGGCUGCAGACUGCAGAUGGGGGACCACUCAACAGGCAGGUGGCGGAAAAUCAGCAGCUGUUCAGGGCCCUUAAGGCCCUGCUGGAGGACUUCCGCUCGGAGCUGCGGGAAGAUGAGCAUGCGCGGCUCCGGCUGCAGCAGCAGUACGCCAGCGACAAGGCUGCCUGGGACGUGGAGUGGGCUGUACUUAAGUGCCGUCUGGAGCAGCUGGAAGAGAAGGCUGAGAAAAGCUUGGGAGAGCUCGACUCCUCCGCGGAGGGCAAAGGGGCCUUGAAGAAGGAAAGAGAGGUCCACCAGAAGCUGCUGGCCGACAGCCACGGCCUGGUCAUGGACCUGCGUUGGCAGAUCCAUCACCGGGAGAAGAACUGGAACCGAGAGAAGGUGGAGCUGCUGGAGCGUCUGGACAGCGAGCGGCAGGAGUGGGGGCGACAGAAAGAGGAACUCCUGUGGCGGGUGGAGCAGUUGCAGAAAGAGAACAGCCCCCGGAGAAGCGACAGUUUCCUCUGCAGUCAAAAGGAAGACGACGCCCGCCCUUUUCCACACCAAGGAGACCUCCGUGCUCCCCGGCCUGUGUCCAUGUGGUCCUGUGCAGACACUGAUUCCAUCCCAUUUGAAGACCGGCCGCUUUCCAAACUGAAGGAGUCGGACCGGUGCUCGGCCAGCGAGAACCUGUACUUGGACGCUUUGUCCAUGGAUGAUGACCCAGAGGAUCCGCCACCCCUCAGGAACUGCCUUGCCAAGGAAGAAGAAAGUCGCAAGGGAAAUCUUCAAAGGGCUGUGUCUGUGUCCUGUAUGUCUGAAUUCCAACGUCUGAUGGACGUCUCCCCAUUCCUGCCUGAGAAGGGCCUACCAUCUGCCAGCAGCAAGGAGGAUGUCACUCCACCCCUGUCUCCCGAUGACCUGAAGUACAUCGAGGAGUUCAACAGCAAAAACUGGGACUAUACUUCCCCAAGGGCUGGGACCGAUAGGCCUCCAGACUUCUGGGCAGACAGGACCGAGGCGGGACGGGUGGGACAUGACCCCACCAUGGAGCCUUUCCCUGACUCCUCCUGGUACCUGACCACAAGUGUCACCAUGACGACAGACACCAUGACCAGCCCAGAGCACUGCCAGAAGCAGCCACUGCGGAGCCAAGUCCUCACGGAGCAGUCUGGGGUGCAUGUAUUGCACAGCCCCCCUGCUGUCCGCACCGAGCAGUCUGGGGUGCAUGUAUUGCACAGCCCCCCUGCUGUCCGCCGGGUUGACAGUAUUGUGGUGUCGGGUGGUGAGGGCAGGAGCCGAGUGGACCCCGAGGGCCCCUUUCCUAUGAGCAGAGCAAGAGGGAACCUGGCAGAUGCCAAGGGAGGUCAUCCGGAACCUGUGCUCAACAGGUGGCCUUGCACCCCACCCAGACACUCCCGAGACUAUGUGGAGGGGUCUCUCCACCCCCUAGAGAAACCUGUCUGCCCUUCCCUGGGGUUCCCCUCCCCAUUGCACAGCCUAGAUAUGUCUAGGAACAUGAGUGACGACAUGAAGGAGGUGGCCUUCUCUGUCAGGAAUGCCAUCUGCUCUGGUCCCCCCGAACCACAAGUCAGGGACAUGGCCUGCCAGACCAACGGGUCCAGGACAGCAGGAACACAGACCGUCCAGACAAUCAGUGUGGGCCUGCAGACUGAGGCCCUGCGUGCUGGCGGUGUCACCAGCAGCCCUCACAAGUGUCUCACGCCAAAAGCCGGAGGUGGCACUACCCCCGUGUCUUCUCCUUCCCGAAGCCUUAGGAACAGACAGGUGGCCCCUGCUAUCGAGAAGGUGCAGGCCAAGUUUGAACGCACCUGCUGCUCCCCAAAGUACGGUUCUCCCAAGCUUCAGAGGAAGCCCCUGUCCAAAGCUGAUCAGCCAAAUAGCAGGACCUCGCCAGGCGUGGCCCAGAAGGGGUUCAGCGAGUCAGCCUGGGCCCGCUCCACCACCACCAGGGAGAGCCCCGUGCACACCACCAUCAACGACGGCCUCUCCAGCCUCUUCAAUAUCAUUGACCACAGUCCUGUUGGAAUGCGAGCUGGAAGCCGUUCCCGCUCGGCAGAACCUCGACAGGAGCUGGGUCCAGGCCAGGAAACUGGCACCAGUUCCCGAGGAAGGUCCCCCAGCCCCCUAGGAGGGGGCUCAGAGGUGUGCAGGGAGGAUGGGGGAGAGAACACACCGGUGAGACAGGACUUAUCUGCCCCCCCUGGCUACACGCUCACUGAGAAUGUAGCCCGGAUCCUCAACAAAAAGUUGUUGGAGCAUGCCUUAAAGGAGGAGAAGAAGCUAGCCGCCCAUGGCCCCUCAGGACUCACCAGCGACAGCCACAGCGGAGAAGCAGGACCAGCUGAACCAGGAUCCAUGGAGGAACUACCUUGUUCUGCACUUGCGCCAUCCCUAGAGCCCUGCUUCUCCAGGCCAGAGAGACCAGCCAACCGCCGCCUUCCAUCCCGUUGGGCCCCACCCUCCCCCACUGCCUCACCGUCUCAGUCACCCGGAGACCGAGUGUCCUUGGAGGAACACAGUGAGGAGGAGCCACCGGAGGAGAAGCCACACCUGUGACGUGAUGCCAGCUUGCACGAAUUAUCACCAGAAUAAUUCACUGUAAUUUGCACAACCAGACCAUCACCAUCCACCCAGCUCUGCCCCAGAGGGAAGAUGUAGCUUUCUCAAGGUCAAUGGAUGUCUUUAAACACACACACGGCUGCUGAAUGUUCAACCUGGUAAACUGAGAUGUUUCGGCCAUGAAACAGAAAAAUGUGCCUGUAAUAAUUUUUUCAUAGCUCAGAAAACUAUUUUUGCCUCCAUCUUUUUUUACACACAAUAUAUUAAACAAAAAGGUAAAUAAGGUAUAAAUAGAUUUAAGAGUUUUAAUAUGUACAUCUUAAGAGAUUCCAAGCAACCUUGUUCCCAAUCCUGCUGCCUCUGUUCAAUUUGCACUGUUUCGUUACGCUUGGGGUUCUCACUAUUGAGUUCAGAGCGUUCUAAGUUAAACUUCAUUUUGUUCAGUGUUAGGGUUUUUUUUAAGAGUCUUUUUUAAUGCUUGAGACUGCCUAACUCAGUAAACUCUUUGUAGUGAAAAGGCCACGAGGCCAGAAGAGACAAGAGCGUCUGUCAUCUGGAAGGACGCAGGUCAACAAUUGUGAAAAGGUACGGAGUCCAUGAGAUGGACUUAAGACUCACUGUGUGACCCAUGAACUCUGCCUGCCGCACAUCCUCGGGCACCUGUACAUACACCGCUCUGUCCCGGCCCUCAGCUGCCUGUGCGUAUGUCAGUCUGACCCACUGUGAGUUGUUGUAAAGUUCCUUGUGCUGCACUGUUCCUGCUGGUCCGCUGUACCAGUGGGACGACAGCACCGUUUUUUAACUCGACAUUUUCUUGUUUAAAGGAAAAGCACUACAAAAAAAAAAAAAACAAAAACCAAAACCCAUGAGGAUGCCAAAUUGAGACAAAUGAUGGUGCCUCAGAGUCUGUCUGAGACCACGAUGAGAUAGAAAUAAAGUCCUUACAAGGAAGAAA